AUGAUGGCUCUUUUUAUUGGCUUCGGACUUCUGGCGAUCCAUUAUUUCGUCACUACCGUCAGAGGUGCUGUCGCCGGCCUGGAGAGACUGCCGGACCUCGCGGCCCGGUACACCACCGUCGGCAUCGAGUGCUAUGGCUACAAUGGCCUCGCUUACACCAACAACAGCCUAUGUCCCAACUCCAACACCUGCUGUGGCGUCGAAGCCACAUGCUUGUCCAACCGUCUAUGCCACAACCCCAGCGACAGCGCCGGCACCUUUGUGCGCGGACCCUGUGCCAUCCAGGGUUGGGACUCGGAGUGUGCGCAGCUAUGCCUCUACAACGAGACCGAAUACAGAAAUGUCCUGCCGCGCGUCACCAUCUGCUCCGAUGGCAGCUUCUGCUGCAACAACAACUCUCAGUGCUGUCAAGAUGGCGGCGGCACCUUUCUUGAUGCCAACGGCAGCAUAAUCAGUUCUGCAGAAACCACCGUCGCCACCACCAGUUACCCUCCGGUCAGCAGCGCCGGUACGGCUCGCUACACUGCCACUCCUUCCUCGAGUGCGGCCACUACUACUAGCACAACAUCCACUGCUCCCACUACCACAAGCACCCCUUCAAGCACCCUUACGGGCUCCGCCUCCGCUGCCGCCUCUUCCUCCUCAGCUGCAACCUCGAACUCGGGCGACUCCAAAAACAUCGGACUCAGCCUCGGGGUUGGUCUUGGAGCAGGCCUCCCUGUCGCCGCCAUCGCCGUUGGCCUCGCUGUCUUUGCUGUGCUGCGCUCUCGCCGCCGUGACGAACAGGCCAGUGACAUUUCUCAGUCUCAGCCGCUCCAAAAUAUCGCUGAAGCGAAAAUGGCAGCACACACACCAAACAUGGCUUCCUAUGACCAACAGCCCCUAGCAGAGCUCGGCCACGAGCCCGUGCACGUAAUUUAUGAGCUUUAUGGAGAGAACACCAGCUAUAACAAUCAUCAGAGAGGACUAUAG